AUGCCGCGGGCGCCUCCCGGCAGAGGUCAUGGUCACGUGGACUGGGGACCUGGAGCCAUAAGAAGGCGCUGCUGGAGCGGUGGGGUGGAACCUGGAGCUGUCCAGAGGUUCUCAGAUAAUUCACAUUGUCCUGACUGUGGACAGCAGUGGUUCCCUAGUUUAGAACUAGGCCAUUGAUUGUACCAAACUGAACUUGUUGAAAACGAAUGUUAUCAAGUCUUUCUCGAUCGUAUUAACAGAGCUGACUAUAGCCCCAAAUGUUAUCCUGAUAAUGCUGCUAACAGAAGCCUGAUUCUACCUUGUUCUUUCCCUCUUGAGUGGGCUCCUCAAAAUCUCACCAGGUGGACUUUUGAAAAAUCUUGCCACCCAUUUCUUCUGGGUCUACCCUUGGUUAGAAAAAGAGUUACUGGUUUUAAUCCUGGGUGACAAUUAAUUUUGACCAGAACAGACAAAACCCUAAAUAAAAAACUUGGUCAAAGCAGAUAA